AUGUUCAGACAAUUCUUUCGGUCCUCUUUCACCCGAUGGAAAUUAACGAGGCGCUCUCCUUCAGGCUACCCAUUUUUAUGGCAUUCUUGGCUUCAUUCUUCAUGCACAGAUUAUCAAGUUACAACAGUGGGGCUUCUAAGUCAGAAAUGGACUAUUCAUUUCUCUUUGAAUGGCAUUUCAGAACCCCAGCAAUCAUCUGACCUCAUCAUAGCCAAUGUUCUCAAUCUACCAACACUUUACAAUGUCCCUCCUGAGACAAUUUUGACUGAAGAUCAGGUGGACCAAGUGACGCUAAAGUGUGAAAAAAGAAUGCAACGAAUUCCUGUGCAGUACAUCAUUGGAGAAUGGGAUUUUUGUGAACUGACUUUAAAAAUGAUGCCACCUGUUUUCAUCCCAAGACCAGAAACUGAGGCAGAAAUCUAUCUAUCUAUCUAUCUAUCUAUCUAUCUAUCUAUCUAUCUAUCUAUCUAUCUAUCUAUCUAUCUAUCUAUGCAUGCUUAUUAG